UAUUCUUCAGUCUUUCGCAAUUGCUUUGGCAAACGUGUCUAAACGAUCGGUUCAAAUCGGUUACAUUAGUCGUCGGUUAGAAUGAGUGUCCCCGAUCCAGCAUUGCACCAAGCAAAGCAGACGGGAACCCGUCGUUUUUAGACAAGGUGGCCAAGGACGUUUUGCUCGAAUGGAUGGGCGACACAUGCGUCGACAUAAUGAUAAGAAAAGCUUUGUGUAACAUACGGUUCCAGUAAGGCACAAUCGUUCAAGCAGAUAUAAGCAAACGGUACCUUAUCGUGCUGCUGCAGAGAGCGUUCGGUGACUUGGCUGGUCGGAAAGGUUCGUCGCUUCUGUUGAAGUCUUUCGUGUUGGAAUGGCGCACCCGGAGAGAUUGCUGUUGCUUGCACUGCUGCUUUCGCUUGUGGCCCACCAAUCGACACCGGUUGCUGCUUUCGAAGAUUUUCUGGACGACAUCUUCUCCAUUUUCUUCGACUCGGACAGCGAAAGUGAAUCGGAAGAACCGAUCCAGGUGAAUGGGAAGCAUGCCACGAUCAACGUAAUGUGCGACAACUGCACACUGACAAUCAACUGUCCCAACUGUAGCAGCAUGGCGAUGGCACCAAUGCCUUCCGGUUCAGCGCAACCGAACGAUGCUAGCUCGCCAACUGCUGCACCGGCACCGGCUGCACCAUCCACUACUGCGGCCGCAGUAACAACGGCAGCAACGGAAGCGACUACCACUGUUACUACUGCUGCUGCUGCUGCAGGUACAACCGUUCCGGCCAACACGACAAUGGCCGAUGGAAACGACGGUAUGGCGUCCAUGUCGACGGCCGAUGCCGCAACUACCACUCCUGCUGCUGCUUUCUAAGCGGUUCCGUGCGCUUUGCACCAUCAUGGAAUGGGCUGGGUCGUUGUGAAAACGAAAUGUGGUCCUCUAGUUUUAAUGUGCUUUGGUAUUUUGUACUUCAAAUUCUCUUUCUUCGGGGAUUUAUUUAAUAAAUAAACGAAUUUACGGAAGAUUUAA